UUUAAAAAUAUUUUAAAAAGUAUCCAAAAAUAUACGCGUAUGCGUAUUUGUUGUUGAAACGAAGUCGAAAGAAGUAAAUAAUACAAAUCCACAUACAUGUUCUCUGUUAUUGGAAAACGAGAAACUGAAAAAUUUUAAACUAAAAAGUAAAAGUGAGAGAAAAUCAAGGCAACAGCAGCAGCAGCAUUGUCAUCAUCACCAUUCCAAAAUCUUUAAUUUGGACCAAAUUGUAAUUUCUUCGACAAGAAGGCAGUUUUAUUUUAAAUUCUCUAGCAAUACCAACUUUCCAAUAAUUCGCAUUCUCUAACGAAUAAGAAGACAUCGACGAGUGGAGAAGCAAUCGCUUGAGAAAAAAAUAAAGGAAAAGAAAAAAAUAAUAAAAGUAACGACAGAAAAAGUGCAACGGUGUCCUCAGAAUGCCGGGCGGAACAACGGAAGAGGGUCUGGUGAGCACGGAAUGGCUUUUUAGCGAACUUCGUUCGCUAGGGGGGCCGAGUCGGCUACUUGUUUUGGACUGCAGAGCUCACUCAGAAUUUGCCGAGGCACAUAUAAGGGGCUCUGUGCCACUGGCGAUUCCUAGCAUCAUGCUGCGUCGCUUGGCUGCAGGUAAGGUGGAUCUCCUGGCGACGAUCAGGUGCCUCGAUCUAAGGGCCAGAGUAGAAGUAUUUUUGUACGGGGACAAGGAGAGCCGUGGGACUUUCAUACUGAUUGGAGAUUCCACCGAGCCUGCUGGUCACCAGGGCGAGACGAUCCAAGUUCUGACUCGGAGGCUUCGAAACAGCGGCGGCAGAGUAGCUAGUUUAAUUGGUGGUUUCGGAGCGUUCAGAGACAGAUACCCUGAAUGGUGCGAAGGGGGUCAGGCAAAUGCCGAAGGACUAACUGGGCAAGAUCCAAACGAGGGAGAACUUAUGGGCCUUAGAUCCCUUCGCAUUUCAACCCCACCCACAACGAGAGCCUAUUCCGAUUCUGAUAGCGACAGUACCUGUGACUCUGUCGGGCCAGAGGAAGACAAAGACUUUCCAGUGGAAAUACUACCGCACUUAUAUUUAGGAAAUGCAGCCAACAGCGAAGACAGAGAUGCCCUAGCUCGCCACAGAAUACAAUAUAUCCUGAACGUUACACCUGAUUUACCAAAUGUGUUUGAAGAUGCUGGCUCUAUCAAAUACAUGCAGAUACCUAUCAGCGAUCACUGGAGUCAAAACUUGGCCAGCUUUUUUCCUCAGGCAAUUCAGUUCAUCGAGGAAGCAAGAAGUUCGGAUAAAGGUGUACUGGUCCACUGUUUAGCCGGAGUAUCACGUUCCGUAACAAUAACGGUUGCCUACCUUAUGCACAAGUGCAGCCUUAGCCUGAAUGACGCUUUUAAUUUAGUACGAAGCCGGAAGUCAAACGUAGCUCCGAAUUUUCACUUCAUGGAACAGUUGCACAGCUUUGAAAUAGAGCUCAGGAAUCGGGGGGAUAGAAGUAAAGGCAACGACAGAAGGUGUAUCGGCGCCUGCCGACCUGGAGGUCCUUGCAAUUGUCCCGUACCUAGCUUUUUAAGUCCUAUCGAUCUAGGUCUUAGUCCUGAUUCAGGUAUUGAGUUUGAUAGAUGGGCGGCUAGUACGCCGGCAGAAUGAGACGGGGCUGGGGGGACCCAAUACAAAUUCUAGGUCCCUCCCAGCUAUUCAUUCUGCCCAGCUCAGCCCAACGCGGCCACGUAAUUGCUACGGGUACACGG